AUGGUCCAACUCUCCUCGUUGAUCUUUAUUAUUGGAGGUGCUUCCUAUGUCAUCGCAAAUCAAAUCGGAGUCACCAACAUUCCUGACCAAUGCCAGUCAACCUGCAACUUUGUCGGAUCCCUCUCGGAUUGCGGAACCAAUGCCUCUUGUUUUUGUUCUUCCAACGUCACCAACAACUUUCAGUCAUGCAUGAACUGCAUUGCCGCUGCCAACUCUUCGCUUGAGUCGGAAGUCUCUGCGGCAGUCAGCGGCUAUAACGACGGUUGCGGUAAACUGGGUGCUCCGUCUGUAACGGUCAGCUCUUCGAACUCAUCCAGUGUAAAGACAAUGCCUGGGACCGGUAGCACCUCUACCGCCUCUUCUGGUGGUGCAAGUUCCAGCAGCAGCCCCAGCUCCAGUGGCAGCUCCGACCCCGGCAGUAGCUCCAGCUCCAGCGGCAACACCGGUGGUGCGGCGGCCUUUGUCGCCUCGUCGGGCCUUGCUGCCAUAGCCGCCAUGGCUGGCGCCGUUCUCGCUCUCUAA